UCACCAUUCUCUGCACACAACAAAACUUCCCCGCGAACAAAUAUUUAUCGAAGAAGCCCAUGAAAUCACCGCGCUCCUUGUUCGACGAUAUCUGAAAUUGCUAGCACUUGUGUUACUGGAGCUAUCGGCGUGGCGUCGUCCUGAUCGCGGAUCAUGGAGCAACCACCAGGAGAUGGGCCUAUCCAGUCAAUUUCCGAGCCUGGCAUUAAGGCUGAAGGGCAACUUCUCUACACGAUGAGAAAAGAAGUUGCUGAGCUUCUGGGAAGACAGCAGUCCAAUUUUCCGGGAGCACAGCCUGUGAGCUUUGCGCGACAACAUCUUGAAGAGCUGACGCGACAAGACUAUUACGUUUGCGAAAAGUCUGACGGAAUCAGAUACCUCCUCUACUCAACAGAGGAUGAUACCGGGGCCGAGACUCACUAUCUGAUCGAUCGAAAGAACGAUUACUGGUUCAUCACCAACCGCAGCUUCCAUUUCCCGUUAUUGAACGACAAGGCUCAGUUCCAUCGCGAUACAAUUGUCGAUGGCGAAUUGGUUUGGGAUAGUCUACCUAAUGGAGGCCGGGAGCCACGCUUUCUUGUUUUCGACUGUCUCGUCAUUGACGGAUUGAAGCUCAUGGAUCGCACACUUGAUAAGCGCUUGGCAUAUUUCAAGGAGAGAAUGUACUCGCCUUAUAAGAAGUUGUUCAAGGAGUUUCCAGAGGAAUUAAAAUUCCAGCCUUUUUAUGUCGAGAUGAAACCAUUUCAGCUCGGUUAUGGCAUUGAAAUGAUGUUCAAGCAGGUCUUGCCAGGCUUGAAGCAUGGCAAUGAUGGGCUAAUCUUCACAUGUCGAAACACACCAUACAAACAUGGAACAGAUCCUCAUAUCCUGAAAUGGAAACCUCCAGAGGAAAACACUCUGGAUUGCCGACUCAGGUUGACGUUCCCUACGGUUGAGCCGGACGAGUGGGAGAAGAAGGACGGCAUCCUGGAACCAUUCGUUGACUACGAUGGCGUGCCUAAAGCCGAGCUAUUCAUCUUCAAGGGAGAUAGUGGUCUGGACCGCUAUGAAUAUUUCGCAGACGCACAUCUGACUGAGGCGGAAUGGGAAACCCUCAAGGGCCUGGGUGAUCCUCUCAACAAUCGCAUCGUGGAAUGUAAUCAAGACGAGCAGGGGCGAUGGCAUUUAAUUCGCUUCCGCGACGACAAGAAUGAAGCAAAUCACAAGAGUACUGUUUCUAGUGUUCUUGAGAGCAUCAAUGACCGCGUGUGCGAUACAGACUUGUAUCAAGCUGCUGGGAAGAUAAAGGAUAACUGGAAAGCGAGACUUGCUCGCGCCGAGCAGAGACACGGUGCAAGUAAACCCUAGACUAUGUUCAAUCAAUUUGGUCCGGCGUAUUGGUAGAUUCAAUCAAGUCAUUUCAUUUUGAAUUCUUGGCUCCCUACAAUUAUUUCUCUUAAACUUCUCUUAUUCAAGCAAAAUCAUCAACCUUAAUUCUUAAUUAACCAGUGAACCAG